UUUCUCAAGUGAAUUGUAUUUUUUUCUGAUGGAAAUAUAGUCUAAACAACUCUUCUUUGCUCAGUUGUACGCUGACCAUGCUCAAUAAUAAGCCCGGUCUAUGUGAGAUAAGCCUUAAUUGUUAUUGUUGAAGAACUCAAGGAUGUCUGGGUCUUGGUACAUGAAGUCCCUGUGGUACUCAAUAAUAGGAAGACAGAGGAGUAAAGGCAGAAGUCCAAAAGAGAAAAGUAGGAGUAGAAGAAACUGAUUUCAUUCAUCUGUUGAAGACCGCUCGGAACAAAGACGAUGCCCGGUCGUGAUGUCUAUCUCUGUUUCUGCCUGAGUAUAUGUGCAUUGCUACAUGUGCCUGCAUGUGAUUCCAUGUCCAACAUGUCCACCAAAGAUCAACUCCUAACUGGUGUUGAAGAUCCAGAGCACACUGAUGAGGAUCCACCAUUGCUUUGGCUGAGAGCCAGUUUGCCGUCUUACUCAAAGCCACUUCGCCCGUACACCUUGCCGAGGACUAAUCCCGAGGACUACGUCUACAUGCCCAAACCCAGACAUUAUCGCCCUUCACGGCUGCUUCGUAUUUUGGGAUCCUCUUUUGACCCAUUCUGGAUGUCUAUUGAUCCGCCAUCUGGAAGCUCUGGAGUCAACACGGACAAAAGUAGCUGUGAUGCUUUAUCAAGACGCGAUUCCCUACCUGCCAGAUUACCAAAUGACACCACUUCCGGAGAAGAUGUCAACAUUACUUCUUCAGAGCUGAGGGAAGCGGCAGCAAGUCAGAGGAAGAAGUUGGAAAGAAAAGCCGCAGAUGUGGACCUCAGUACUCUGUCUCCAGAUGUCGCCACCUCGGUCCGAGCCUGGCUGGUGCAGUCCGCUACAUGCGGGUUGUGUUCUCAGUGGGUGGAUCUAGGCCCGGCGUUCUGGCCACGUUGGCUGCGGCAGACGGAUUGCGACAAGUCAGACAGAGUGCAAAGCUGCUCCUUUCCUCCUGGGAUGGUAUGCGGGAGAGCUCAGAUAACGCACGUUAAGAUUCUGGCUUGGCAUUGCUUGAAAAUCAGAAAAGACGAUUCAAAGCGCUUUAAGACUGACAGGUCUGAUGUCAGCAUGUUGAUGGGCGGUAGUGAGGGAUUGAGAAGGUGUUUAUGGAUGGCAGUGCCCUAUCCCGUGGUGACAGCUUGUACAUGUUCAUGUCAAUGAUUGUUUUUUUUUCCAUUAGUAGUUCCAAUAUUAGUCUUAGAUGUACUUUUGCAAUUGAUUGUCUUGAAUUACUGCAAGUCCAUUAGCUAACAGAUUUUUGCAAAUAAAGAAAUUCACCUUGUGCUACUUUAGAUCAAAGUGUGUACAUUUUAGAGGCUUGCUCGUGUUUGGAAAAUGAUUAUG